CCGCAGGAACAGGCCGCAAACCUCGCGUACAAUCUUCCUCUUCGAGUACGCGAACGUUUUUUCCCCCCCUCCUCUGUUCUCUCUCUCCUCCUCCCUGCCGUCUCUCUCUUCUUCCUAUUCGUCUCGUCUCGUGCAACGAAUCGGCCGUAUAUACACCACACGCGCGCACGCAUACACACCGUACGCGCGUUGGAGGAAGAAAGAGGAGGAAAAAACAUCGUCAGAGAACGGUUGAAAAAUCUCCUUGAAAAGCCACAACAAUAACAAGAGUUGCGACAUGAAGAGCUGUUUAUCGUCGUUGUACGUGCUGCCCUUUAUUUGCAACUGCGUCCUUGUUUCUUCCUCUGUGUUGACUACCUUGAAGACUGAUGGAGGUUUGAGAAUUUUCAAGGACGCGCCCAACGAGUUCAAGGACGUCCCCAACGAGUUUGAAGAAGCGUUGAAGAGACACAGCAUCGAUUGUCACUCGGACAAGAGAGAGAAUCCCCAAGGAUGCAGCGGCUCGUUUUUCGUUAGAGACGAGCGUAGCGAUCCCGACAGAGGCAAAGAAAGAUUCUACAAUGGCGACGGUGACAGAGGUUCAAACAGAUCCCCGCGUACUUGGAAAUCGCCCGACAUCGUGAUCAGGUUUGGCCGAGCAGGCUUCAAGAAUUUGAACAGAGAGCAGAAACGGGGAAGAAACGACUUGAAUUUCAUCAGAUACGGUCGAGGUAUGCAGAUUUAUCCGGACAGCGUUGUGACAGCAAUAUGCUCGAAUCUAUUGUCGAACGAGGACAUCCAACCGUACGAGGCAAGGUUACUGCGUUUUUGCAACUGCCUAAACAAUAAUGACGUCGAUCACAGAGAAAACCUGGACUUCUUUGAGGAUCGACUCGGCACGAAGCACGAUUAAAAAGAAAAGAAACCCUCUCGAUCCAUCGCGCCAAUUCAUCGAGAUUUGUCGUGUGUCGACCUCUCGGGACGACUCGCCUCGCCUUAUUACGAUCUUACAAAUUUUUCCCAUGGACAACGUUGUUAUUGGCCGAUCCAUAUAUCGAGUUACGAACUUUCCUCGUAAGCUUUCUUGUAAAAUAAAUUUUAUAGAUUCGGUUCAUGCUUUCUCGUUCUCAAUAUAAAUUAAUGUUACUCGUAUAGAACAAUUUUUUUUUUUAAUCUUUUGUAACUUGGCGUUAUUAUAAUUAAUAUUUAAUUUAUAUUAUUUUAUAUAUUUAAUGUUUUUAUAAUUAAUAUAUAUAUAUAUAUUAUACGUGUGUGAUAUGAUAAGACGUUUAUUAAAAUUUAAUUUAUAAUGGAAACGAAUAUUAGUUCGGCAUUGGACCAUAAUAAUUGACAGUCUGACAGUAUACAGAUUUUUCUACUUACAGCUUAAAGACCUAUCAUUUGUAUCGUAAUAGAAUUAUUUUUUCGAAUGUUACUUUAUUCGAAUAAAAGAAUUGUAGCUCAUAAAUAAUAUGAGUUGCGCAAAUUAUUGCAUUGAUUUCCAAUUUAUUAUUAUUAUAGAAUAAUAAUUCGUGAAAAAAAAUUAGAUUUGUUUAAAUUUUAUUCCAUUUCACAAAUUAUUUAGAGAUAAAUAACAAUUCGUUUAGUUGAAUAAAAAUGGCCGAACGAAUAACGUUGUUCUGUAAUAUUUCUUCUGAGUAUUUUAAUAUGCAUCCAUUUGCGUGUACAUAAGAAAAUUGUAUCACCGAUCUCGACAUCGACAUGAUACGUGAAUCGAAUUCACAGGAAAUCGAAGAAAAAAAAAAUAAAUCGAACGUUCGAAUGAUCGUCAAUCAUUGUCGAUGACGAAGAUAUCAUCAUUCCAUUAUUUGUAUCGAAAAAUAUUUUGGCUAAGUCCAUUUAUUAUUAUCAACGAAUCAUCUUUGUCAUUUUAUUUAUUGAUGAAAUAGCAACGAAAAUUUCGUAACAGAAAAAUUAACCCCUUUUUUAUUUUCCUUUUUCUUUCCAUAUGAUUUAUAAACAUUAUAUCUCUUAAAUAAUCAAAAUACAGUAGGAUACAAACGUUAGAAUUGAAAAUUAAAAAAAAAUAAAUAAAUAAAGAUUCGCGAUAAAAAAAUUUAUAAAGGAAUAGAAAGAUUGAAUAAUAGAAAAUAUGAUUUUUCUUUGAAACAAUGCUUUUAUUUAUUGCAGGAUAAGAACGUUAUAAUAAUUUUAAAAGAUUAAUUAUAUAUAAAUAUUUGAAAUAAGAUUACACAAAUUGUAAAAUAUCGUAACAAAUUUGUAUCGUCUGAUGAAGUUAAGCGAUAAUUGUAUCUUGUUUUUUCAGUUCUUUCUUUUCGAAGAAGUGUAUCUUUUUUUAAAGAUAAGUAAAUAGGGUUUUAUUUGAAUUUAAUUAUUGUUUUUCUCGACUAUUUUACAAUUGUAGUAUUACGAUACUGUAAUAUUGUCUGUAACCUGAACAUCAUUCUUAAAAUGGAUGUAAUUUAAUACACGCGUAUAAUUAAAUUAUUAAACGACAAGAAAUAAGUGGC